AUGCCUUCAAUUUAUUUCCUAUUGUUUCUCGUUGGCUUUGUAAUAGGACAGAGCCCUCCGUGUGUAAACUUCACUGAUACAAAUGGAAUAACUCAUUGUAUCAAAUCAAAUACUGGUCCGGUAGACGGUAAAGACACUCCAUUAGUAGAAAUUUCCGCAGUCAUUCCUCCAGAAAAUAAAAAUGGUUUAUACUAUCUUGUUAUCACCCUGUUUGUACUGUCAACCUUUGCUUCGACUAUAUUGUCUGGAAUUUUUCUUGCCUUGGGAUUUGUUUUUUGGAGUCAUUUCAAACAAAUGACAUUCUUCUGGUUUCUCAUCCAUUUAACCUUAUUUGUAUUCGUUAUGUCAUCCUUAAACUUUUUGAUAAAUGUACCUGCAACAUUGUUCUCUCUAAUCACAGCAGAGUUCGUUAAAUCAGAUGCCUUUUUCAUCAUGUCUAAUAUAAUUGAUUUCUGUCAUAAUGCUGUUCUUUUUUCUAAUUUAAUUAUUGCAAUUCAUCGAUUCUCAGUGUUCUUUUUGGGAAGUUCAACAGAAAAGGUUUUUGGGAAAUCUUGUAUUUUUCUGUGGCUCAGUUUUGUCUGGGUAAUAUCUGCUUUUGUGGUAACCUCGAUGAUGUCAAACAGCUGCAGCUAUGAAUAUGAUACGCAAUAUAAGAAGCAUUAUAUUUUGAUAUGCUCAUCGGACGGCAGAACCGUCACAGAACCUCCUAGAGUGGUUCAAGCGGUGGAAAUCUUGAUGCAAAUAGCGGUACCAAUACUUAUAUUCAUAAUUUAUAUUGCGCUAGUUAUCAAGAUAGGUAUAAUGAAAAAGUCAGAUCAAAAAAGCUAUGAAAUGACGAUUCUCAAGCAAGCUAUUUUCAUUUUCGUUCUCUUUCAGAUAUCAUCGAUUGUUUUUCUUCUCUGUCAAACUGUUCAAUUCGAAAUUACAACUGCCUUUCUUAUCAAACGAGUCAUCAACACACUAGACUCGGAAGUUCCACCAGAAGAAAAAGAUGCACUUUACUACAUUAUAAUUUCAGCAUUUGUUAUUUUCACUGUUUUAUCAACUUUGCUAGCUGGCACCUUUCUGGUUUGCUCUAUAAUUUUUUGGGGAAAUUUUCGAACGAUGAGAUUCUUCUGGUUUUUAACACAACUAACAUUUUCUGUGUUCAUUUUAUCUUCCUUAAAUUUGGUCGUCAAUGUUCCAACUACACUAUUCUCUUUAUUGACGAAAGAGUUUACACAGACAGUUCUCUACUUUGUAAUGUCUUACAUCAUCGACUUUUGCCACUACACAAUUCUAAUAUCCAAUCUCGUGAUUGCAAUCCAACGGUUCUUUGUAUUCUUCUUUCGUCACCUUACAUACAAAGUAUUUGAUUCGCUUGUAAUCUUUGCGUGGCUGUUAUCAGUAUGGCUGGUAUCGGGAGCUAUUACAGUUAUAAUGGCAGCUAACAACUGUAGAUAUAACUAUAAGAAAACAGAUGAACAUUAUGUCUUAAACUGUCAACCUAUAAAGAGUCCCGUAGACAUUCCACCGCCAAAGUGGAUCCGAAUGCUGGAAUUAAUUCUCCAAUUUGGAUUGCCCUGUUUUAUCCUUGUCAUGUACAUUUCUGUAGUUAUAAAAAUAUCUGUAAUGAAAAAGUCUUCACUAAACAAAAAUGAAAUACGGGUUGUGAUUCAAGCCAUUAUUAUUUUCAUUUUAUUCCAGACAUCAUCCACUGUUUUCCUAUUUUGUCAAACUCUUACUUUUAACAUAUCAACAGCAUUUCUCAUAAAACGAGUCAUUAAUACAAUAGAGAUAUUUGCUGGGACAGCAACUCCAUGCUUCUUUUUCUUCACUUCCAAAGAAAUUCGAAAAUUACUUUCUACAAAAAUAUCGGCUGUCAGUUCACAAGGGAAUUCGAAUGAUGUUGUCAAAAAGCCUACAAUAAUUGAAAUUAAUAAUUGA